GGGAGCCCAGGCCCUACCUAUCUCCUCUAAUUGAUUCCUCAGUUCUGUUCUAUUUUUCGUAAACUCUUCUUCUUCUUCUUCAUCGUCCCGAGGCUCAGCGAUGUUCUUUCAUAGGGUUUUGUCCCGUGUCUCCACCAACAUUUGCCGAACUUCGCUCCUCUCUGCUUCGCAAACACCCCAACACUUGUCCUCCUUCGCAAAUAUCAACUUACAUUCCCUUCUUCCCCAUUCACCCAACAAGGUACUUGGAAUUUCAAUCUUGGUAAACAAGGUGAUUCCUGUUCAACUCAAUUUGUUGCUGCCACCAAUAAAUUCAUUAUCAGCUCCAAGAUUUGGGUUUUCUUCAUCAGCUUCAACUGAAAAUAAUGACAAGAAAAACAGAAAUAAUGUGCAUAAUGGAGAUUCUACAAAUGCUGACCCUGCAAAAGCAAAUGAAGAGGCAAAAAAUAAUGAUCAGGCUAGGCAAGACAAACCUGCAGAUAAAACAGAGGAAUCAGGUUCUAUUUCAGAUUCUCAAUCUCAAACUGUCAAAAGAAGGAGGAGAGGUUUUAAACGAACUGCAUUUUCUGAUUCAGAUUCAGAAAGUGAAUGUGACCUAUCCAGGGAUGAUUUAAUUAAACUUGUGGCUGAAAAGGAAGAACUUGUGAUGUUAAAGCACAAGGAGAUUGAAAAAAUGCAGGAUAAAGUUCUGCGUACUUACGCAGAGAUGGAGAAUGUCAUGGAAAGGACUAGACGUGAAGCAGAUAAUUCAAAAAAAUUUGCUUUACAGAAUUUUGCAAAGAGUUUACUAGAUGUUGCGGACAAUUUGGGAAGAGCUUCCUCGGUUGCAACGGAAAAUUUUUCAAAAAUUGAUACGUCUAGUGACUCUGCUGAAGUGGUAAAACUCCCGAAAACACUUCUGCAAGGUGUUGAAAUGACAGAGAAACAAUUAGUAGAGGUACUUAAAAAGUUUGGUGUAGAAAAAUUUGAUCCUACCAACGAGCCCUUUGAUCCACACAGGCAUAAUGCCAUCUUCCAAAUCCCCGAUGGUUCUAAGCCUCCAGGAACUGUUGCAGCUGUUCUGAAGGCAGGAUAUAUGCUUUAUGAUCGUGUUAUUCGGCCAGCGGAAGUUGGUGUAACCCACGCAAUCGAGGAUGAAAAGAAUAAUGGAAAAGAUAGCGUAGCUGAUAAGGGCUCAUAGGAUAAAGUAAUUCCUGAGUGGCUUCUAUUGAGUGGGAUGGGGGGACUUUCAAAAUGUGAGAAAUGGAAUUUUGAAAGUAAAUUAUUACUUACCAAAUAUUUGUCGUCAAAGGGGGCAUGAGAAUAUAAAUGGUACAAUAUAUUAUCUGAGAUUUUUCAACUUUUCAUUAUUUGUUUGAAUUUUAUACUGAUAAAAAAAUGUUAUUUGGUGAGAUUAGCAUGAAA